AUGGCAGAUUCUUUUGACGAAUUUUACCUUGAAUGGUUAGCGGUCUCGAUCAACCUCCCUGAAGAAAAGGCGACAGAAAUCAAAAAAGCACACAACAAACUGGCAAUGAAUUGCGACAACACCUUGAUCGCGUUGAAUUGUGUUCACGAUACUGGACUCGAGCCUGCCAAAGUUCAAAAGGACCCUUGCAAAGAUCGUCUCCCAAAGGUUGAGUUCAGGCCUUUCAACAAGACUCAACCCAAACUCUGGUUCGAGCAGCUGGAAGUUGUGUUCGCCUCCUCGUCGAUUAUCUCUGCCGAACACAAAUUUGCGGCACUGUUGCGUUUAAUGGACGAUACGACGUCUUCCUUGCUCUGCUCGAUAACCAGAAAUCUGUCACCCACUGCCUACGAUGACGCCAAAGCUUUAUUAAUUAAGGAAUUCUCGCUCUCAAAGUUCGAUCGCGUCAAAGCCUACCUGGAAGCUGUGCCAGCCCCUGACGAGAAACUCACGCUUUUCAAUUCUCGCAUCGAAUCACUUAUUGACGGUCUCUCGUUCGAUGACGUGUCGAAAUACUGCCUUUUACGCUACGCCCCUGCCGCUGUACGUCUCCAAUUGUCCGGUUCGAGCUUCGAUGACAAACCGUUGGCCGACCUUUUGAAAGAGGCAGACUCUCUGACACAAUGUGCC